GUGCAAACGCAGUGGAGAAAUGGACCUUCGAAUACCUGGAAAGCAAUAUGGCGCAAUCUUCUGAGUGGCGAGUUCACAUCGCACCAGCCCCGCAGCGGCGCUUCCAGCGGGUGUAUGGCGAAGGUGUUGGUGAGGGUGUGGUGACCUUGAUGAACUUCACAGACUUCGCUGAGAAGAGUGCUUCUGACUCUGGACACGCCUACUACAUGCAAGUUCCAUUUGUGGGCCGUCCGUUGGAAGCUAUGGGCACGGACCCGUAUGGAGAUGCCAUGCGUGAAGACCGAGAGAACUUCCAGUGGCCCUGGCUACGCCAGCUUAUCCAGGACGCCCAGCUGGGCCCCAUGGAGAACAAUCAGCUGUGGAUUGGGCGAGGUGGCAGCCUCACCCCCUGCCACUACGACAAGGCCGAGAAUUUGCACGCUCAGAUCUGUGGGGAGAAGCAGUUUCUGCUUAUUCCGCCUGAAGAGACUUUUGCAGUGUACCCUUAUCCUAUCGAUCAUCCGCUGGACUCCUUCGCUAUGGUGGACCUGGAGCAACCAGACUUGGAUCGCUUCCCGGCUUUUGCUGAUGUGCAGUGCCUGGAAGCCUCACUGGAGCCGGGGGACUUGCUCUACCUGCCGCGGUGUGCCAAGGAGAUGAACAGUCCGCCUCAGCUAGCUGGGCCCCGGAACCAAAGCUUAACAUAUCUCACCGAAGGAUACGGCGACAACAUCUCCUUGAAUUUCUGGCUUUCGCCCUCCGCUCAAGACCAGAAUGAGGACGAGGAUGGCAUGCCAAUCCAUAUGCGUCUUUUUCAAGAGGCGCCCCGAAGAUGUUGGCCUCUUCUAGCCCACCGCUUCCUUGAGGACUUUUCAGGUGGCAUGAUCGAGCGGUUUGUGGCAGCAAAGGCACUGCCAGCUGACUUUGACAGCAAGAGAUUCCUGCAAGAGUUGGCGUUCGGCUGGGCUGAGGACACUCCGCCAGGUCUCCAACCUAUGGGUGCGCAGGUUAGGGGCGUUCUCGCCUCGCUAAUGCCGGGCGCAUCGCCCGAGGAGCUGGAGGGCUUCCUGCGUGGGACGGCGGCAUCCCCAAGGUUGACCUGCGCGCCAUCCGCUGAGGCGGAGGUCACCACGGCAAGUGAAGGCCAGCUUGGUGGAUGGCUGUCGGAGCCUAUUGCUUGA